AAAAAGUUAAAGUCCCUAGGGACAUUACAAAGUGUCAAACAAAUGUCAACAUAACCUAAUUCGGUGUUUUUGAUUAUUGUAUUAAGUGAAAUGGGUUCGGAACAUUCAACUCAUUUGCAUGGUGGUCAUGGGGGUAGUUUGAGCCACCCCCCGAAGCAGCCAUCGAACAUCCGCCGCCAGCACACUAUUGCCAAUCCAGGCGGGGCUGAGCCCCCUGAAACUUCAGAAAACGGCCGUCCGGGGUCAAUAUCCCCCGGGCCUAGUGUUUGUAGUGACACAGACUUGCCAUACAUCAGCUACACCGUAAAUCGCCCAAUUGGAGACUCGCCCAAAUUAACCAACAAGCAAAUCGUCAAACCCAAACGCAAAAUUCCCCAAAAACCGACAAAAAAAUCGUCGCAUAACAUCGUGGUGGUGAAACCGGCUACAAUGGGCCCCAAUGUGGACAAAGACCCUGACAUUAUGCGCCUUCAGAGCAUCCCCAUGUUCUUGCCCAUAAUGCGAGCCACUUUGAACUUGCCGGCGGCGCGCGACCCCGAGGUUUUGGAGCGCUUGGAUCCGGCCCCCUUGCACAAACUCUGUGUCAAGUAUCAGACGCAUUUGACGGCUUGUGCCAACUUAAUAGCCACCGAACAGAAUCAAUUGACGCAGAAAGUGAGAGAGACUGAUGGGGAAAUCACUAGAAUUAUCAGUGGUUUGACUGAAAGACAGAAACGGUUUGCUAAAUAUGCUGAAAAGUUGUCCAAAGUUCAGGAGUUGUCGCAUCAGUUGAACCGGUGCCACAUGCUCCUCAACCAUACGCUCGAAUCGAUGGAAACUUUGAAUAAUUACCUCGACAUUGAGGAUCGAUUAGAGCCUUUCGUGUGGACCACUGGAUGAUAUUAAUUUUUGACAAGUAUGACAUUUGAUCUCAGCCUGCUUGUACAAUGUAUAAUAUGAAAUAAAUGGUGAUAAAUAA